UGCGAAAUAGUAGAGCAGAAAGAACAGACGAACAAAUCCAACAAGAUAACGAAAAUAUGCGUGUGAGCAUGUCGCAAUUGCGUGCAUCUCAAUCACCUGAACGAAAUCAACAACUACAAUUGGAACGGAGACAAGCGCGCCGGUUCGUAGUUAACACACGCAGAGCAAAUGACCAAUAACGCCAACAAGUACAUCGAGCAUUUACAUCCGCUUCGUUCCUUCGUCUCGCAUUCGAGUACGAGCCAGAUAUUGAAUAUUCCGCUCAACCGAAAGUGCUGAUUGGUGCUAUGGGCAAAGAAUGUCCCCAUUGUCAUGCGCUCAAAUUCAAACGUGAGUCAGCCGGGAUAUGUUGCGCUUCAGGAAAAGUGCAACUACCAGAAAUUGAGACACCACCAGAACCAUUAAACGGCUUGCUCAUCGGCACGGAUCCAGAUUCGAACCUGUUCCUGAAGUCCAUUCGCACAUUCAAUUCAUGCUUCCAAAUGACUUCGUUCGGAGCAACAGAAAUAGUUCACAAUACUGCAGCAAGUGGUCAACAAUACAAUUCAACAUUCAAAAUGAAAGGCCAAGUGUACCACAAAUUAGGCUCAUUGCUGCCAAUGCCAAACGAACCACAUAAAUUUUUACUAAUCUACUUCAUGGGCACACAUUUGGGCACACCAUGUUUUUCCCACGGACAAUUAUACGUGGCAUGUUCUCGCGUAGGCAAACCAUCGAGCUUAUUUGUGUUGGCUAAAGACGGACUGCCAAAAACUAUCGUACACUUAAUUGCUCUUCAAAAUUAAUAUUGACUUUCUUUAUUUCAUUUUCUUACUUUAGGAUAAAAAAUAUAUUACUUUUUUUCACUUUACAUUUAACUUUUAAGAGAUCAAACAAUGAAUAUGUCCGUUACGUUAAUGAAAUACAUUGAAUUGAGAAAAUGAAUGGUUGGUGUUUUUUUGUUUUUAUCGGCGGUCAUCGUCUAUAGCGCUCAAUUCCUCUUUUUGUCAUAGAUCCCAUCCCCACACAUUUACAAUACAUUCGUUAUUUUUUAUUUAACAACCAAAAUAUUCACUAGAAAUAAUUUAUAUGGCAGAACAACGUUCGCCUGGUCGGCUAGUAAUUUUAUAUAUAUAUAGCUAUAUAUAUAUAUA